CUUCAACCUCGCCUUUUUUGGGAGCAGCAAAAGAGAGGAAAAAAGAAAAAAAGAAUGCAUCUCGUCAGUUACCGCCUGACAUAAAAAAGGCUGUGCUCUGGGGACGCACAUACCAAUUGGGAGGCAUAAAACAGUAACUAGCAAGGAUCAAGCUCCACCAUGGUGCACAGAGUAGCAGUGAUCGGGGCAGGCCCCUCUGGUCUGGCCAGCAGCAAGGCCUGUCUGGAUGAGGGCAUGGUGCCAACCUGUUUUGAAAGCAGUGAUGACUUGGGCGGACUGUGGAGGUUCAAGGAAGUGUCAGAGCCCAACAGGGCCAGUAUCUACCGUUCGCUCACAAUUAACGCAUCCAAGGAGAUGAUGUGCUACAGCGACUUCCCCAUCCCUGCCGAUUAUCCCAACUACAUGCAUCACUCGAAAAUCCUGAAAUACCUAAAGCUGUAUGCAGAGCACUUUAAAGUGCUGCAACACAUUCGCUUCAAGACCUCAGUGAAGAGUGUCAGACAGAGACCAGACUAUUCUCGCACUGGUCAAUGGGAAGUGGUGACUGAGAACAGAGACGGACAGGAGGAGAGGCAUGUCUUUGAUGCAGUGAUCUGCUGCUCUGGUCACUACACCUACCCUAACCUGCCGCUCAAAGACUUCCCAGGAAUUGAGACAUUUGAAGGGAAGUACCUCCACAGCUGGGACUACAAGGGGCCCGAGGACAUGCACGGGAAGAGAGUGGUGGUCAUCGGUAUCGGUAACUCUGGAGGUGACAUCGCGGUGGAGAGCAGCAGAGUGGCAGAGCAGGUGUAUAUGAGCACUCGUCGUGGUGCCUGGGUGAUCCGUCAGGUGUCUGACAACGGCCUGCCAGUGGACAUUAACUAUAACACGCGCUUCGUCCACAUGUUGUGGCAGUGGUUGCCACUUAGCAUCCUCAACUGGAUAGGCGAGAGGAAAAUCAACAGCAUGUACGACCACACCAUGUAUGCCCUCAAACCCAAACAUGGAUUCUUCAGUCAGAUGCCAGUGCUGAACGAUGAUUUGCCUCUCAGGAUUCUGUCUGGGUCGGUCAUUAUCAAACCAAAUGUGAAGGAGAUCCGUGGCUCCACCGUGGUGUUUGAUGAUGGCAGCACUGUGGAGAAGGUGGAUACAAUUGUGUUCGCCACAGGUUACAACUAUGGUUUUCCGUACUUGCCGAGCAAUGCCACAUACGAGUCUGGACACCGUGUUGGUCUGUACAAGCACGUCUUUCCUCCCAACAUGGAGCAUCCCACUCUGGCUGUCGUGGGUUUCAUCCAUGGGUUUGGAGCCAUCAAUAUCCUGGCGGAGAUGCAGGCACGCUGGGUCACACGUGUCUUCAAAGGAAUCAAAAAAUUACCCUCAAAAAAGGCAAUGAUGAAGGCGAUUGCGAAGGACACCAAGGACAUGGAGAAAUCCUUUGUUACGUCAAAGUUGACACCCCUGCAGGUGGACUUUCUUACCUACAUGGAUGACGUUGCAGGAGAGAUCGGGGUGCGUCCAAGUCUCCUCUGGCUCCUCUUCACAGACUACCCACUGUUCAAGAGGGUUCUGUGGGAGCCUGCCACAUCUUACCAGUACCGGUUGAUGGGACGAGGGAAGUGGGAGGGAGCCCGCAGAGCAAUCUUCACCCAGUUUGACCGUGUGAACCAGCCCCUAAAAACCAGACAGCUGAAGGAACAAGAGGCCUCCAUCACUGGCCGCCUGUUUAAGUUGAGCCUAGCAGUCAUGGCUGGAGCAGCUUCCAUCUACUACGUCCAUGUGCGCAACCCAACCACCAUCCCAACCCUUCUGUCCAAGCUCCGCCCACAAACGAUCUAAACAAGCUCCACCAACAAGCUAAACAAAUACCACAUCUACUGUUUCUAGAAAUCAAAUUAAAGCCGAGCUGAAACAGCAGGUGGAGUGAUAUUUGUGGAUUGUUAGGGUCAAGGACAACUAAGAUUACCAGGUGUAUUUGCAGUCACCACAAGCACAGUGUUUUUCCUGCCUCAAUAAACCAAUGUGUUUGACGUCUCACCUGAA